AUGUCGGAAAAGAGCUUGCUUUCUUCCAAAUUCCUCUUUUACACGAUAACUGUAUCAACGCUACUAUUCAUUCUCUCUUCUCUCUUCUUCCUCCAACGCAACGAAUCCUCCUUCACUUCGAAUUUAGUCCGCAAGCUGAUUCUUCCGAGAACAGACAUCAAGAACGACCGAUUCGGGCGAACCGAUUCUAAACCGGUCUCAUGUGGUCUAACUCGAGAUGUGUUGAAGGUGUUUAUGUACGAUUUGCCCUCUGAGUUUCAUUUUGGGAUAUUGAAUUGGCACAGCAAAGGAUCUGAGAUUUGGCCUGAUGUCAAGACCAUUAGCUCAGUCCCAUCUUAUCCCGGUGGGUUAAAUCGGCAACACAGUGUAGAGUAUUGGCUUACACUCGACCUCUUAGCUUCAGAGAUACCUGAGAUCAAGAGACCAUGCCGUGCAACCAGAGUGAAGAACUCGGUUGAAGCUGACAUAGUCUUCGUGCCCUUCUUCUCCUCGUUGAGUUACAACCGGAAAUCUAAGCUCCGCGGAAACGAAACCACCAGUGUUGAUAGGUUGUUGCAGGAAAGAUUAGUUGAGUUCUUGAAAAGUCGAGAGGAGUGGAAAAGAUUUGAUGGGAGAGAUCAUCUGAUAGUAGCUCACCAUCCAAACAGUUUGCUCUAUGCAAGAAACUCGCUUGGAUCCGCUAUGUUUGUUCUCUCGGAUUUCGGAAGAUACACAUCCUCCAUUGCCAAUCUUGAGAAAGACGUCAUUGCUCCUUACAUUCACGUCGUCAAGAGUAUCUCUAACAAUGAGUCUGCUCCGUUUGAGAACCGUCCUGUAUUGGCCUAUUUCCAAGGAGCAAUCUACAGAAAAGAUGUAAGUGCUUUCUUUAGAGUCUUGAAAAGUUUUGUUUGUGUCGCAAUCUCAAUGAUGUUACUGAGUUUAAUCUCGACCAAUUCAAAUGUUUCGUUGCAGGGUGGAACUAUUCGCCAAGAACUGUAUAACCUUCUUAAAGAUGAGAAAGACGUUCACUUUGCAUUUGGGACCGUUAAAGGGAACGGGACUAAACAAACUGGUAAAGGAAUGGCUUCGUCCAAGUUUUGUCUCAACAUCGCAGGUGACACGCCUUCCUCUAACCGUCUUUUCGACUCCAUCGUGAGCCAUUGUGUUCCGGUUAUCAUCAGCGACCAGAUUGAGCUUCCGUUUGAAGAUACUAUAGACUAUUCGGGUUUCUCUGUGUUUGUGCACUCUUCGGAAGCUGUAAAGAAAGGGUUUUUGGUGAAUCUACUCAGAGGGAUAACAGAGGAUCAGUGGAAGAAGAAGUGUGAGAGACUAAAGGAGGUUGUUAGGUAUUUCGAGUAUCAGUUUCCUUCGCAGCAUGGAGAUUCGGUGGAUAUGAUUUGGUCUGCUGUUUCGCAUAAGCUUUCUUCACUUCACUUUGAUGUUCAUAGGCAGAAUCGGUACCGUAGAUCUGAAACUUUUGCUAGAAGUCAAUCAACUUGA